AUGGCGAAUGAGAUUAAUCUUGGACUCGAAAUCACCGAGCUGCGGCUAGGUCUUCCCGGAGAUAUCACCCUCUCCGGUGAGACAAUCAACAGCAAGAAGCGGACUUCUCCGGAAGUAAAGAGUGACUUGAAAUGUGAACCGGCGACAAAGAGUCAAGUUGUGGGAUGGCCACCGGUUUGUUCGUACCGGAAAAAGAACAGUCUCGACAGGACCAAGACUACGUACGUGAAAGUGAGUGUAGACGGAGCUGCAUUUCUAAGGAAGAUCGAUUUGGAAAUGUAUACAUGUUACCAAGAUCUCGCUUCCGCUCUGCAAACUUUAUUCGGAUGCUUUAUCAAUUUUGAUGAUACACUGAAGGAAAGUGAAUGCGUACCAAUAUACGAGGACAAAGAUGGAGACUGGAUGCUUGUUGGUGAUGUUCCUUGGGGAAUGUUCAUUGGAUCAUGCAAGAGGUUAAGGAUUAUGAAGAGAUCAUGUGGCAUGUGA